AACAUCUCCGUCCCGUCGUGGCCGUGCUGCCUAACCUCUCCAACGACCAAUCGUCCAACGUUUGAUCCCCUUCUUGUCCCAAUCGACCUGGUCGACGGAUCGAUCACCUCGCAGCCAUGCCUGCCAACUUUAAUCAUCCCCCGAUCACGGUGAUCACCACAUGGCCGGCUCCGAACUUUGUCGACCCGGAGGACAGAACAUGGUUGGCGCCUUUCGCCGUCGUCUGGCUCGUCAUCUCCACGAUCCUAACCUUUGGCCGAUUCUAUCUCCGUGCGCGGAAGCAAGCGGGCACAUUUGGCUUCGACGAUUCGUUGAUAUUCGUCGCAUGGCUGUUCGCUUUGGGAUUGACGAUCAUCGCCUGCAUCGGCUCUGCCAACGGCCUUGGUCGUCACACGUGGGAUGUAGAAUACCAGAACUUCCCUAUGCUUGUCCACCUGGGCUACUUCGCACAAGUCUUCUUCCUCAUCAGCAUGUGCACGACGAAACUGUCGGUCCUCCUGUUCUACCGGCGCAUGGUGAAGAACGUGUACAGCCGGAAGUGGUUGUACGUGCUCUGGGCGGCCAUCACCUGCAACGUUUCCGCCGGUGUGGCGACUUUCAUCGUGUACAUGGUCAUCUGCCGCCCGCUGCGCGCCUACUGGCUCGCCUAUCAAUACCUCCCUGUUCCCUACACGGAGGAGUACACCUGCAUUCCCGACGGCGAGAGCCUGACCCUGAGCAGUGGAGUCAUCAGCGUGAUCACUGACAUCUACGCUGUCGCGAUUCCGUAUUUGAUGCUGCGACAAUAUCAACUGGACGUUCCGGUGCGCCAGAAGAUUGCGCUCAACGUCAUCUUCGCCUUGGGUUGGCUGUAAGUUCACAUUUCCACGAGAUCAUUUCUGGAACACCCUCACUG